UUCUGUGCAUAACAAAGCAGGGUCAGAAAAUUAAAUAUAAAUGAAAUAUAAAUAAGUGGCAGAUCAGCGGCUGCGCUCCGAAGGGAGGUAGUCAGUAUGUCUGUCUCUCAGCAUUGCAGCCGCCGGCACUUCCAUAGCAAUAAGAGAAGGGAAGGGUGACCCGUCGUUUCCUGCCUCUCGCCUGCUGGGAAUUUGAGUCCCUUCCCAGAGCUCGUCACCACGUUCCCCGUGCCAGCCUCGGGGUGAGCGGCCUUUCCCCAAACGCCUGCUGGAAAUUUCCAGAGGCACCACAGCAGUCCCGAAACAAAAAGCUGCUGUGCCUCCCCGCAGGCGCUUCAUUUUGGGAUCUAUUGCUCCGGGCAGGCACACCGUGCUCUGCUUCACCGACUGCAUUUAAGGCUCUUGCGCGCUGCUCAGUUGGAGAGGCUCAUAUUAAGUGUCCAAAAUCAGGGCUUGGGUGUGUUGUAGAAACUGGAAUUUUUACCUCAAACCAAAAUGUGUAUUUCAGUAAAACAUGGUGGAGCAAAGUGAUACAUGCCAGGUGUGGGCAAAACCCAAAGCAGAACGAGCUUCACACAGGAAGGAGCAUCUUUGCCUGAUUGUGUGUUCACAUUAAUAUGCUCUAAUGGAGCAGACUGGAGCCCCAUCCUGCAACAACCACCUUCUGCUGAAUCCCAUUUAGCGUCUCCAGCAGCCACACAGAAUUAGUCUCAGCACCGUGCGGUUUCCAUCAUGUCAGAACCUAUCACGCUCAAUGUUGGAGGAAAACUCUAUACCACCUCUCUGUCCACUCUGACUAGCUUUCCAGACUCCAUGCUGGGGGCCAUGUUUAGUGGGAAGAUCCCAACCAAGAAGGACAGCCAAGGUAACUGCUUUAUUGACAGAGAUGGCAAAAUCUUCCGCUAUAUCCUGAACUUCUUACGAACUUCUCACUUGGACCUCCCUGAAGAUUUUCAGGAAAUGGGCUUACUGCGGCGGGAAGUAGAUUUUUAUCAAAUUCAGCCCCUCAUUGAGGCCUUGCAGGAGAAGGAGGUAGAGCUUUCUAAGGCAGAGAAAAAUGCCAUGCUCAACAUCACCCUUGAUCAGAAGACCCAGACUGUUCACUUCACUGUCCGAGAAGCACCCCAGAUUUACAGCCUGUCUUCCUCCAACAUGGAAGUGUUCAGUGCUCAUAUCUUCUCCACAUCGUGCCUGUUCCUGAAGCUUCUUGGUUCCAAGCUGUACUACUGUUUCAAUGGAAACCUUUCCUCAAUAUCCAGUUACCUGCAGGACCCCAACCACUUGACGUUAGAUUGGGUUGCAAGUGUGGAAGGCCUUCCCGAAGAGGAGUACACCAGGCAGAACUUGAAGAGACUCUGGGUGGUGCCAGAUAAUAAGCAAAUCAAUAGUUUCCAGGUGUUUGUGGAAGAAGUGCUGAAAAUAGCCAUGAGUGAUGGUUUCUGCAUAGAUUCUGCUCAUCCACAUACUUCAGAUUUCAUGAAUAAUAAGAUUAUUCGCUUAAUUCGGUACAAGUAGGAACGGCUGCUUGGCUGUUGUGGUGCCAGCAUGGAGAUAACACAGGUUAUGUGUUUCCCUUUAAAACACACUUACAGCCUAAUUCAGAAUCAUGCUUAUCUGGAUUAAGAGUCACUAACAAGGAGAUGAUUUUCCUUUAAUGUACUUACCGAUACGACCUUCAGAAUGCAUCCAUAUUCCAGACAGAAGCAAUGUUGUCUAGCACCUGAAUUAAGGACUGGCUCUGUCUCUGCCUCUGCUUCUGACCUGCUGUACAAUUCUGGGGGAAAUCACUUAACUUCUGUCCUCUUUACGUUUUCCAAUUGGAAAAUGAGUGAUCCUUAACCUGCAUUGCCAGGGGAUGCGAGGGUUCAGUAACCAUGGUUUGGAAUGUAUCUGGAGAACGGAUGCAGUGAAAGAUGCCAUGGAGCUGCAGUGCAGCAGACAGCCCUACGAGCACAUUUGCCUUGUCUUGCUGUACCACCUGUGCAGAGCAUUCAAGAAGCUUGUUUGGAUCUGCGGAGAAGAAGCCUUCCCGCAUGCACUCGAUACAGCUGUAAAGGAUGGUGCAAGUUGCCAAUGAGUAAGGGAUCCUGUCUCUUUGGGUUCAACAAAGCAUUUCUGUCACCCUGUGAAGCUGACUUGGGUUUUUUUCUGAAGUCUGUGAGGAAGCCACGGCUUUAUUGUGCUUUCAGGGAAGCCAUGUUGGAAUAAUGUGACUGGCAAGGAAGCCGUAGAAGAGAGAAUGGCGUUGUUACAAACCAAGAAGAUUAAACUUUUACUUUUACAUUCCAAAUGCAUCUGAGACAACUAGUCCUUUUCUUUCUCUUAAAAUGUUAAUAUUUGUCUGGAGGAUGCUGCUGAAACUUUCUAAGGUGAAGACAGAUUUUGGGGCAGAGGCCCCCAAACGUCUUCUAAACGUUUGAGCCUUCUUUUGGGUAUAUCUCCCUUCAGCAGUGCCUGGAAUGCAUAGGAUGCUCUCUGGGUAGGAUGGAUUUUUUUGAAAAGACAACAUUCUCAUCAGGUUACACCUAAUACUUUUCAUUGCAAAAACAGAGGGUCAUUUUUUCUAUCCUGGUUCAUUGAGCCUUUUUUGUUCAAUAUCUUCUGUGAAAUGGUCAGGUCACUAAAGGAAUUUUACCCACUUGCUUGGCUUCAGUGUCAGCUUGCCAGAGGGAUGGCAGUGGGAAACCAGAGGUCAAACUCUUCCCUACACACCUGGUCUGUGCUGUAAUGAAGAUCAUAACUCACUAGCCGCAUGUUGCCUCUAAACAUCAUUUGUGUCACAUUCAAGAUGGUUCUUUCUCAGCUAAUUAUGUUUAAAAGUACCUUAACUGUAUUUCCCUGACCAGAUUGCGAUGAGUGCAUGAGAUGCCCUCUGGAACAUUUUCAGGUAUCUUUAAUGAGAUAGAAGGGAAAAUGCAAUAACUAAGUUCUGCAUUUAGAGUUUUAGUCUUUCCAAAGGUUUCUAGCACAGGGCUGCAAAGCUCAGUACUGCGCAUGUUCUUGUUUCCCAAAGUAACUACUCUGUUGUUACAUUAAGCUGACCUGUGAACAAGCUUAAAGAAGCUUUUUUUUUCUUCUAAAAAAACAGUGUGAUCAAUAUAUUUCUACUGUCCCAAACUGUGACUGCAUGAACAACACAAAUCAGCAUGCUGAUAGGUAAAAUGCACAUUCUGCAGUUGUUACAAACCACUGCUCUUUGUCUGACUGGGUGCUAAACCAGCAUGAUUUACAUGGGACCAUGUUGUCAGAAAGCACUGAUUGGGCUUGAAGCCCUCAGAACCACUAAGCGUGGCAAAUUUUGUGUAUUUUGAGGAUUAUAAACGGGAUUUUGUGACCAAAUUCCAGUUUGAGUCACCAUGUUCUUCUAUAUUUAGUUGCAUUAGGAAGAACUUUUAUUUUUUUUCCGUCCCAGUCCUGAAUUACAAAGCACGAGUUGGCCAGUCAGCUGGACACUGACAGGGAUGAUCUGUGCUGGUAAUAUGAUUAUGAUCUGUAAAAUGAACCCUCUUUCAUCAAAUCUGUGACUUGAAACAGAUAUGCUGUUGCUUACUUUAUGAUAACACAGAUUCUGGGGGCUGUUGAUAGUAUUUCUUUUUAACCCACACCCUUGAGAGUAGAUUUUAAAUGAUCUGGAGCUGUUGUAAAUAACCGGAGCUCUUGUAUGACUAAAAUAAUACUAGUAGGAAUUUGUUUCCUGUCAGCUUGAGUUUAUCCAAAGGUAAGAGCAGUGAGCUUAGAUCUCAUGUGGAAGGGUGGAGGGGGGAAAGUCUGUCCUACACCCUUUAGAGCUCUGGAUCAGUACUGCUCCAUUCUGUUUCAACAAAAUAAAAUAUUCCAUGGGAGAAUUGAAUCAUUACUGCAUUUUUUGGUGAAAAGACAAGUAAGAGUAGUGUGUAAAAGGCAAGAACUGGGCUCAGAUCUCCACCUGGAGUGCUUAAACCCAUCAGUCCAUUAUGCAAAAGAUGAACAAAUUGAAUACAUGUUUAUUUGUACUCAUGCAACCAAGUCAGUGAAAGGCACAGCUGGCCCCAGAUCUCUGUCAUUUAUUAAUAGACAGUGAGAUGCAAAACAUCUCUUUUAUAUAUAAGUAGAUGUAGAAUUUCCAACCAGAAUAAAGACAUGAGUGAAGCCAUGCUUUGAGAGGAACAGAAAAACUUGAGGUACCUCAAAGCUGCUAAGCACCAUAAACAUCCUUAAGUAUGAGGUACUAUUUAUACUGGAAAUGGGCGGUUAAGUGAAUCACUUGUGAUUGCAGUCAAACAUAUGUUCUACAAACGCAGCUGCUAUUUCAAACUCCACACUAAGCUCAAUUUAUAGCUGCUCCCGAAUUCUGCAGUCUGAGAGUUACGAUAUAAUGACUGUUUAUAGGAAUGUUCUCUCUCCAGAGCAUUUGUUUGCAUUUUAUCUCAAUAGCUGGUUUUUGUUUACCUUCUUUUUCUGAGCCCUGGAGGUGUAACUUGCUGUUGUUUACCAGUCAACAGCGCUGAUUCUUCUCAAGAGUUUUCCGGAAUGAAAGACAAACAAACAUGCACAAAGCCAUACUAAGUAUAGCACAACCCCAUUACUAGUCAUGAAAAGCACUUGGCAUUUAUUAGCAGUACCAUCUAAAACCUAUUUUACUGUUGAGUGGAAUAGUCAUUCUCAGAACAAACAUUUUUAUUCCUGGAAAGAAUCUAGUGACAUUUUCUUCCCUUAAAGUUUUGUGUCUGCUUCUGCAUCUUGGUGCAUAACUUCUGAUUCUGCCAUAUGCCUGUCUCCCUCAAUACCUUAGUGUACAAAAUGAGGCCAAGCCCUGCAAUAUUUUUUUAAUGGCCUCAUUUAUUUUUUCCUAAAUGACCACUGAAUAGAGUGUUCAAUACGGUUAGAGGAGAAGGAUACCAGAGUUAGUGCAGAUGAUAAACAAGAUUUUAGCUGUAGUCUAAUGGCAUUCUCAGAUCUGGGCACGUGCAUAGCAUAGUGGUAUUUCUUACAUGGCAAAAAGACUAUUACAAAACAUCUUAAUGGACUCCGGACAGAAUCACUGAUGGAUUUCUUUACAUGUUUUUAGGGUUGAUAUCUCUUAAAUGUCUAGCAAUGUCCAGUUACAAUGAUGAGACUAAAACUGUAUAUAAAUAAUAAGAGAUACUUUUUAUACAGCUUAUACAGUUUAUACAGCUGUUAAAGGCUGGGAGGAGUUGAUGGGAGGAGUGCUUUUUUCUGCAGACAGUGGUAAAGAAAUAAAAGAAGUAGUUGUAAAAUGCUAGACCUGAAAGAAUUCACAUUAACAAGAAAUGCAAAAUGUAGAAGGGAGAGAUCAAAGUAUCUUGAUGAGUUCAGGAAAAAGAACCCAAAGAUAACAAUGGAGACAAAGAUUUUGCUACAAGAGUCUGAUUAGAAUGAUUCAUUGGUCCUUUCCAGUUUUAAUCUCCUACUAUGUACUUUAAAUGUGGGUCAUGCCAAGACUUAUGCUAGCAGCUUCCCGAUAACAGGCAGCUCUGCUUCGAUUUGCAUGAUGUGCUUCAUAUCACCAAACAUUUGCACUGCUGUGCUUAGAACUUUACAACCGGGUUGUUGAGUAUAAAUUGCUCCUCAAGUUCACUGUCAGCAAAUAUCUGCAGUCAAUCACAUUUAUUCCCAGGAGUUAAAGGCGAGGUGGAAAGGCUGCUGGAGUCCGUAUAUAAUGUUGGUGGUAGUGAUAAAUACUGCCUUCAGUCACAGACUGUGGAAAGUAAGUCUAGGAUCUUCUGAUACUUCACAGCUUAACGGAGAAGUUAUGAAGAAGACUCUCCUGAGCAGUUUUAUUUUCACCCCAUCCUGUAGGACUUGGUGCCACUGCUCAGAAUUUCAAUGUAUUUUGAAACAUUCUGCAUCCACAUGCCAAUGGACACAGACAUUUGGGUACGAGCAGUUCUGAUAUGGGGCCCUCCCAGUAACAGUCUCAUACAUGAAUUAGAACAGGUAGUCACAGAAGGGCUGAUUGUGUCUAAACAUCCAGAUCAAGCUCACAGGUUUGCUUGGGAAUAACACAAGGGAUGUUUUCUCUGUGAAUUCUGAAAAAAAAAUAUAUAGGGGAGGGCUAUAAUCUAGUAAUUUCUCCUCAUCCUUGUGGCAUUCCCCUUAGUAUUUUCAUACUCCAGCUCUAAUUGCAGGAUUUUCCCAUUGAUCAGAAUUUGGACCCCAACUCACUAAAAGUCACUCUUCUGAAUCAAUAGUGUUUGAAAAGUGUGAUAAGAUGGUCUUUAUCACUUACCACCUUCACAGAGGGCCUGUAGGGCUAUCACAUUUAAAAAUCUGAUUGCAUUCCUCUGCUUGUAACUCUUUUCUGUGAACUGUUACUAAUAUAUAUUUUAGAAAGCAGUAAAUAAAAUGUGAAUGAAACAG